UGGGAUGGGGAAGAGUGAUGCAGCCGCUGGUCUGUGUGAGCGCGGUGGCGCUCUGUCUGUGGUCCGGCCCCGUCCUCCUGGAUCGCAGCCAUCGGAGGCUCCGGUGUCACAUGCAAUCAUUGUGAUUUUCAAACCAAGGACAAAUGCGGAUUAUCCUCCCUGCUCCUGUUAAUGAGGAAAUCAGAGUAGCGGUGACAUCUUCGUCCUAUUCAUCACAAAGGUGAAACUGACACCUUCCAUCUUCUUCCUCCUGUUGAAAGACAGUCCUGGUCUGCAGUCAGACCUAUUGUAGUCUGUCGUUUAUAGCUGUUAUCUAAAGGCAGAAAUGACCAUUAGGGAGAUAUUGCUGUGUUUUUUGUUCUGACAUGGACGUCAGCACCAAGUUUAAUUGUACCACUACUAAGCAUUUCCCGUCCUUUACCCUUUGACCACAUCAUCCAGCUGUGUAGUCAGCGAUGACAAACACCUCUUGAGACAGCAUGAGUGAAUGGGACGAGGUGAGAGCUGCGAGAGAAAUGGAUAAGAAGUAUAAAGGGAAGGAUGGAGCGAACGAUUCCACCCCGAGGGAGCGAAGGAGGAGAUUUGGAUAGAAGCGCGGGGACGGCAGCGCCAAAAAGAUAUGUAAAGAGCAGGGAGUGAGAUGGAGAAGGCUCUGGUUCGGAGAAGAGGUGAAAAGAAAGUGAAGAGCGACAGAAGUGUUCUGCUGCAGCGGCACAAGAGGCUUUCGUAUCAUCUGAAGCACAUCUGCCCGUGGAGAAACAAAAAGAUGCGACGUGGAGCUGAGCGCGUGCGUGCGCGUUUGUGCGACCGAACGCUCGCACACGGCGCAUUGCACCGGCGUAGAGGUGGGAGAGCGGGAGGGUGGCGACUGGGAGAGAGAGGAAGCCGUGCUGCGUCUUCCUCUCCAGACACGGGGGCUGCAGGAGCCCAGGCCUGACUCACAAUCUGCACAGGUGGAACCGCGUACGCGCUCCCGUGACUCAGCCGCCUCGAGGCCGAGCGUGCACGUACGCGGCCAUGUGGUGCGUUCAAUGUCUGUCAAUGUCUGCGCGUUUUAGUGGCUAAAUCUCCAAAACCAACAUAUCAGCGCCGUGAAUCUGCACCACAGGCUUCUGAAAGUCACGAAGGGAAACAAAUGAUGUCGACUGUGUGUCGGUAGUAAGACGCGACUGGCAGCAGCUGCUCCGCAACAGGAAGCAUCACUAACGUACGUCAGUGUUCACAGAAAUAACAUCCUCUGGAACAAAUGGUGUUGCUCAGCAAAGCACAGCAACAACAACUCUUUCAUGUACAGUAUGUAGUUGUGUAUUAUAUACACUGGAAUCUAUAGUAGGACCCACAGCGGGCGUCACUCCUAUGCAAAUCACUGAGGUAAUUACUGCUCAUUACUGCUAAUCACCAACAUGGCUGCCGACGCUCUUCCUGGAGCUGCAGAACCAGUUCUUCUCCGUCUCCGUCUGCUCUGUGUCUGCGAAGCCGCACGAAUGAACAGCCAACUUUACGUAACCUCUGACCGGCCGAGUGCGAUGCUCGUCGCUCACACACGGACGCUCCGGCCGAGCGCGAAGAGCGCCCGCUUUCUCCCGUUCGCACAUCAAACAACAACGACGGCGGCGUCAUCAAGCCGCUCCUUAGGCGCCCGUGACCUUCACUUUAAUGCUUCGCGCCAGUUUCACGAGCGACUUGCGCGCCGUUAAUCUGCCGCUUCAUGCCCCGGUGGGCGUGCGUGGACGUAGACAAGCACCUGCGUGCACACGCGUGCAGAAAACGCCUUGAGCAGCUCUGAUUGCAGGAAGACGCCCGGCGUUGUGCGUCUGGCUGCUCUGAUAAGCAUGAGCCCUGGAAGAGGCCUGAGUAAAACAGGCUUUAUCUGCACCGCUACGGGUCCAGGCCCAGCAAGCUCUGCAGCGACCUGCUUCUGUAGCACGGGCCAGAGGCACCGCCAUACACCACAGUAUUUGUGAUCGUGUUCAUUUUUGAACUAUGAAUAAACCAGAGGGUUAACAUGAGAUAAUGAGACCUGUCUAUGAGCCUGAGCCCGACGCGUUGUCGGCUUUGUUUUGCCGCUCACGCUUAUUCCCAUGCGUGUCGAUUACCUGACUCACCAGACAGGUGUUUUCAGCUAAAAUAGCUCCAUCCACUACACUACCUGCCCAACGCUGUAGCGGGAGACAGACGGCCUCAACAAUUAGCUGCUGAGCCUAACGGAGCGUUCAGGAGCUGCGGAGGCACUACGGUGGAUUCAGACCUGCAGGAGUGACCUCGUCAGCGCCACCAAGCCUCAACGAAUCACUUCACGCGUUCUAGCUGUAUAAGCAAAACACAAGUGCAUGUUAACCACCCGAUCGGGCGCUCCUAAACGAAGCCAGUCUGCUGCCUGUUCCAGGAUGCUGCGUUUGAAUGCGCGUGUUGCCCUCGGUGGUGAAUACAGGACUCAUUAGCAUUGCUGUCACGCCUCAGCGCUGCCUGCAGCAUUUCAUCCGAAGCGCAGUCGAGCAGCUGGUCAGAUUUUGAGCGUUCUCAAGAUUAAACACUCCGGUUGCAAUGAUUGGAGAACUUCUUCAGAGAGUAAGAAAAGCCUCACAACAUGUGGAUAAGUUGUUCGGAAAGCGGCUGCUGCAGGCUGGGAGACACAUCAUGUCUCAUAAGUCUUGGAUGAAAACCGUGCCCACGGAGAACUGUGACGUCCUCAUGACAUUUGCAGACACUACAGAUGACCACACGUUGCUAUGGCUACUGAACCACAUCCGGCUGGGAAUCCCAGAGCUCAUCAUCCAAAUACGACAUCAUAAGCACACACGGGUCUACGCGUUCUUCGUCACGGCUACGUACGAAAACUUGCUGCGCGGUGCUGAGGAGAUGGGACUGAGGAAGGCGGUGAAGCCCGAGUUCGGCGGAGGAACCAGGAGCUUCUCCUGCGAGGAGGACUACAUUUACGAGAACAUCGAGAGCGAGCUGUGCUUCUUCACGUCGCAGGAGAGACAGAGCAUCAUCAAAUACUGGCUGGACAAUCUACGUGCCAAACACGGAGAGGUGCUGCAUAACAUCAACUUCCUGGAGGGCCAGCCAAUCAUCCCGGAGCUGAGCGCGCGAGGUGUGAUCCAGCAGGUGUUUCCCCUCCACGAGCAGAGGAUCCUCAGUCAGCUGAUGAAGUCCUGGGUUCAGGCUGUGUGUGAGAAGCAGCCGUUAGACGACAUCUGCGACUACUUUGGGGUGAAGAUCGCCAUGUACUUCGCCUGGCUGGGCUUCUACACCACCUCCAUGUUGUAUCCUGCCGUCAUCGGCUUCGUGCUGUGGAUGCUGACGGAGUCGGAUCAGACGAGCCGCGACAUCUGCUGCGUGGUGUUCGCGCUGUUCAACGUGGUGUGGGCCACCCUGUUCCUGGAGCGCUGGAAGAGGCGGGGGGCCGAGCUGGCGUACAAGUGGGGGACGCUGGACGCGCCCGCCGAGUCGCUGGAGGAGCCGCGGCCUCAGUUUCGGGGAGUGAAGCGCUGCAGUCCCGUGACGGGGUGCGAGGAGUUCUACUACCCCCCGUGGAGGAGGCGCGUGUUCCGGUGGCUGGUCAGCCUGCCCGUCUGCAUCCUCUGCCUCUGCUUUGUCUUCCUGGUCAUGCUCGUCUGCUUCGAGCUGCAGGAGUUCGUGAUGGGGAUCAAGGAGAUGCCUCGACUCGCCCGCUUCAUCCCCAAAAUCAUGCUCGCUAUCACUGUGACCGCCUGCGACGAGGUGUACAGGAAAAUAGCCUGCUGGCUCAAUGACAUGGAAAAUUAUAGACUCCAGAGUGCCUAUGAGAAAAAUCUCAUCAUCAAAAUGGUUCUUUUUCAGUUUGUAAACUCUUAUCUCAGCCUUUUUUACAUUGGAUUCUACCUCAAAGACAUGGAGCGUCUGAAAGAGAUGUUGCUGGUGUUGGCGCUGCUGCGGAGCCUGCAGCGGCAGGUCCGGGUCAACGUGCUGCCCUUCAUCUUGGUGAAGCUCCGGGCGCUGGUGGUCUCUGUGCCCUGGGUCGCCAGGGCUUUGCUCCGGUCCAAAAUGCUGGCCACUCUGCUCAUCAUGCGCCAGUUCCUUCAAAAUGUGAAGGAGGUGCUCCAGCCUUAUCUGUAUGAGCGCCACAAGCUCGGAGAGCUGACGCUGCGCGCCGUGUGGGACCUGCUGCUGUCGGUACUGCUAAAAUACGUCCGCCUGGCAGCUGGAAAAGCCCAGGCCUCCCCCAGCGACCAGACCAUGCCCGGACCCGGACUCAGGGGCACCAAGCCUGGAGUGAGACAGCCAGAUAGAAGGGAGAAGAAGUGCUUGAAUGGGGGAUGCGGGGUGCCCGAGGAAGAGGAGGGAGGAGAGAGGGACGAGGCCGACAGCGGGAGGUUCAGCGAAGGGGAGACGGAGGAGGAGAGUCUGAUCGACUGUGGCCUGAAGCUGAGGAAAGUCAGCUUCAUCGAAAAGGUGGACAGAAGGGCAGCCUGCAGCAGCCCCCCCAUGGACCACAGCUUCCUGGAGGAGGGGAGCCCCACCAUGGUGGAGAAAGGCAUGGACCCCGCCUCCAUGUUUGAGAUGUGCGACGAUGACGACGAUAACGGCAUCCACGAUGUGAAGGAGGCGGGCGGGGGAGGGGCGGGUGCAGCUGAGGCGGCGGCGGCCGCCGCGGACGCCGGCUCCGCUCCGCCGCUGCCUGCUGGGCCCGAGGGCAGCGCGUCGCUGCGGCACAGGAGACGAGGCAGGAGCGCUGACAGGCCCGAGCCCAAAGUCAAGAGGGAAUCGUGGAUGGAUCCGCCCCGAGACCGAGAGAGCGCGGCGCUGACUCAGGCCGAGGUGGAGGGCUGCAUGCAGACAUACGCUGACACCUUCCAGGACUACCAGGAGAUGUUUGUCCAGUUCGGCUACGUGGUGCUCUUCUCCUCAGCCUUCCCUCUGGCCGCCAUGUGUGCUCUCAUCAACAACAUCAUCGAGAUCCGCAGCGAUGCCUUCAAGCUCUGCACGGGUCUGCAGAGGCCCUUCGGAGUCCGAGUGGAGAGCAUCGGCCAGUGGCAGACUGCGAUGGAAGCCAUGGGCCUGAUCGCCAUCAUAGUGAACUGCUACCUGAUCGGCCAGUGUGGUCAGCUGCAGCGCCUCUUCCCCUGGCUCAGCCCUGAGAUGGCCAUCAUAUCCAUCGUCAUCCUGGAGCACUUUGCCGUCCUCCUGAAGUACUUCAUCCACGUGGCCAUUCCUGACAUUCCCACGUGGGUCAGAGAGGAGAUGGCUAAGCUGGACUAUCAGCGCAGGGAGGCGUUUAAGAAGCAUGAGCGACAGGCGCAGCAGCAUUACCAGCAGCUGCAGAGGAGGAAGAGGGAGGAGGAGGAGCGGCAGCGGCAGGCGGAGCACGUGGCCCGCAGGGAGAGGGAGCGGGACGACGGCAAGGGCGACUCCUCGGGGGAGCACCACCACGACAAAAGCCACGGCAGCAAGGCCCGGGCUGUGGGCGGGGCCGGGGGCGGGGCCGGGGCCGCCGGCUCGGACAAACCCAAGAGGCCCAGCUCCCUGUUGGCCAACAACAACGUGAUGAAGCUGAAGCAGAUCAUCCCGCUGCAGAGCAAGUUCUCCUCCGGCGGCGCCCGCUCUCCGCAGUCGCCCACCGGCAGCGAGCCCAAGCUGCCCGGGUUCCUGAGCUUCAAGUUCCUCAAGUCGCCCGAGAAUAAGAAGGAAGUGGCCUCCGGCGCCGCAGCGUCGUCAUCAUCAUCGUCAUCGUCAUCUUCAUCAUCAGGUAGCAGCUCUCAGGAGCGUUCUCAGUCACCCAGCAAAGCCUUCAACCCUGGGAAGCUGUUCAACUUUGGGAAAUCGGAGGCGGGCGCGUGUGUGAACGGGGCGCCGCUGCCCAGAUCCGGGGACGGGUCGUCCUCGCAGGCGUCAGACAGGCAGCCGACCCGCUCUGACCUGAACGGCGUUCCGGACGAGAUCCCAUCACCGGGAGGCGAAGGGUCCGAGAACGGGCACGCGACGGACCUGGACCCGACCGGCUCCAAAGUCCAGUAGCUCCAGACACCACUCAUCCCUGGCACCAUCUCAGCUGGAGGAGCGGCGCGUUUGUGGUGAGAGGCCUGAAGGAGAGCCAGGAGGCUUCUGCUUUGGUUCGAGAGACGACAAAAAAAUACGCAGGCUUUAAAAGAAGGACGGGAGCUUGUAUGACGUGACAGAAUAAAAACACACGCGCAAACACACACAAAUCCUUCUUUAUCUGCAAUACGUGAAGAAAUGCAUGAGCUGCGUUUCUAACAUUUUUAAGCCUUUAAAGCAGAAGAGCUGUGUUUCUUGAUUUCUUCUACUCAUAAAUUGUAAGCGUCUCUCACUGGGCCGCAGCGGCCGAGUGCAGAGGGAAGUAACUAAACAUAUACAGCAGAGUGACAGGAUCAUUAGGUACGUCUCAUUUUUAACCGGAAUUCUUGGGCCCCCUCACUUUUAUAUGGAAGUAGAAACAGGGCAAAGUCGAAUCAGUCAGUGUUGGUGACACAAGCUCUUCCUUAAAAAGCAUCCCUGAUUUAUCACCAGCUUUAUUUUGAAAGCAGAGGUGAUGUCUGACCAGUACCCCCCCCCCCCUCAACAGAAACAGGAAAAGUGGAGCAUUAAAGCCUGUCGAGUGCUGCUCUCCAUCCAAAGCCCGUGGAGCGCCUUGUAAACACAGAUGGUGCUCCGUUCCACACGCUCUCACCAGACUCGGCAAACAAGGGAGGAGACGAAGGAAAGAACAUUUGCACUAAACCCUGACGCCCUGCAUAGAAACGUCCCUGUCUCCGUGGGAGAAAGGGCCGCACCAGCCUGCCUCAUAACUUUAUGCAAAAGCUAGGUUCUUUAAUUUCCUCUUUUCACUCAGCAAAGCUGCGUCUCAUCUGUUGUUGCUCUGCAGCGACGGGAGUUUCCCCUAAAGUGAGAUGUUUUUAUUUUAUAGCGUCGCUCUAGUGGCUUUCUUAUGUUGGGCUCCAUAUCUUAUUUUUUAUAUGCACCAUUUGCUGAUAAUGGAGAUUUCUUUUUAACCAAAGUGGUAUUUUUGGAUUAUGAUGCUAAUCGUAGGUGUAUGACCUGUAUAUUCUGUUCACCAUGUACAUCGACAUAGUUAUUAGUAAAAAUAUGUCAAUAUGUUCCUAAAGUAACUCGUCUACUGUACCGUUAAUAGGUGUGUCACUUCCGCAGGGUGUCCAGAAGAUGGUGCCAGAGUUCGUUCACGUAGAGUCACGUUCUAAUCCCGUGUGACUGUUCAUCCAUGACGUCAGUGUCUGGUAAUCAGGAGCGUCUGGCUGCGGUUCAUCAGCACAUAGAAAAGGAAAUGCGUGACGGGGGUCAUUCAGGAUGCUUCACGCUGAGAAACGUGUCGGAGGCCGUCGCACUGCAGGUUGAGGGACAAACCAUUAACUAUGCAUUUCCACGCACUCGCCCGUGGCGAAGGGUUCAGGCAAUAAGACACGGAAUUGUAGUAGACUCGCAUGUACACAAGAAGUCUGGAGUAACUUCCCAUCUCGUAGCAUCGGUUCCUGCUGCAUCGUCCCCAGUCAGACUCUAUGCAUUUUCCCCGGUUGUCAUCAUCGGGGUCAAAGCUCCCACACAGUUUUGUGUUGACAGAAUCUCUCUCAAUGACGUCAUUCUGCUUUUAGAUUUAAUUCCCGUUUUCAGUCCUGCAAUAACUGUAGUCCACUUUUCAGUUAUGUGUUGGUAGAAAGUACACAAUGUUUGUCUGCAGACAGGCAAAAAGAUCUCACUGACAGAAAAUGCAAUAAGGCUCUAGGCAGGACAUCGAUUAGUCAAUUUACACUGUGUUUCUAUAUUUGGGAGUCAUUGUUCAUUGAACAUGUCAAUAAGUGCAAAGCUGAUAGAAAGGUGACAUCAGUCGGGUCUUGGUGUGAGGUUCUCACAGGCCAAACGUCAGAGAACGGCAGCGUGGCUGAGUUAGACCUCCGUCUUUGCAGGCUUUGAGGGAUGGGUGAUGCUAUGAUGCAGCUGAGGCUACAGGCGUAGUGAGGAGACUGAGAGCUUGAGGGGCACGUCGCGGCAGAGCUUCGAUCCAGCUCCAUGUGUGUCGUUCCGUCGUAUUCAGGGAAAACGUACAACUUCACCGAGUAGAAAUCAGUAGCAAAAACACACAAUCCCACUCCCUCAUUCCUGUCAGCAGCGUUUGAAUAUUGCUCUUCUGGGGGUCUUGAAGUGUUCACUGAAGUCAAAUAAAGUGUUUUGUGUUUUUGAUCCAAACUUCAUCCCACGCCAGAGACGGCGGCGUCAGCGCUUUCUUGGGCCAAACACGAGAAUCCUUCACGUAAGGAGAGCAGCUCCCACACCCACCUGACGUUCCUUCACAUCUAAAUGUGCAGUUCUGCAAAGGGUUUGGGCUACUUGCUUUGUAUUGGUCAGUGUGAAAGGACUGGAUGACUUCUGUAAAUGUGCCGUCUACUGGACUGAGGAGGUGAGAGCCUCACCACAGCUACAUUAAAACCUGAUCCUAACCUCAGUCUAAGAUGGGACACCUUCGUGGAAGCCUCACUUGCUGAACAUCGUAUGCUCUUCCAACGUACCACUAAACAACGACAAAAAAAAAAAAACCUUUAAAGAAAAUACUGGGAAAUGGGACUAUUUAUUUCGUUUAAUUUAUUUUGUCAUAUUUUUGUAAGACCUAAAUAGUUAAUAAAACAUUUUCAAAAGCA